AUGACCUCCCCACUGCCAGUGCAGCAGUUUAUGGGCGCCAUCGGGCGACAAUGCUCGGUAGUCAACCUCGACCCUGCGAACGACCACACCAACUACCCAUGCGCGCUCGACAUUCGCGACCUUGUCACUUUGGAGGAGAUUAUGGCAGACGACAAAUUGGGCCCCAAUGGCGGUAUUCUGUACGCACUUGAAGAGCUGGAAAAUAACAUGGAAUGGCUCGAGAACGGCCUCAAGGAGCUUGGAGAAGACUAUGUGCUUUUCGACUGCCCCGGUCAAGUCGAGCUCUACACCCACCACAACUCGUUACGCAACAUCUUUUACCGGUUACAGAAGCUGGGCUACAGGCUGGUAGUUGUCCACCUUUCCGACUGCUUCUGCCUCACACAACCAUCGCUCUACAUCUCCAACGUCCUCCUCUCUUUGCGCGCCAUGUUGCAGAUGGACCUUCCCCACAUCAACGUCCUGACCAAGAUUGACAAGAUCUCGUCCUACGACCCUCUUCCAUUCAACCUCGACUAUUACACCGAAGUACAAGACCUACGGUACCUCAUGCCGUCCCUCGACGCGGAGUCGCCUGCCCUGAAGAAAGGCAAAUUCACCAAGCUUAACGAGGCCGUUGCGAAUAUGGUUGAGCAGUUCGGCCUUGUCAGCUUCGAGGUGCUGGCAGUCGAGAACAAGAAGAGUAUGAUGCAUCUGUUGCGCGUGAUUGACCGUGCAAGUGGGUACGUCUUUGGCGGCGCUGAGGGAACGAACGACACCGUCUGGCAGGUUGCCAUGCGCAACGAGUCGUCAUUGCCCGAUGCCCUUGAUAUUCAAGAGAGGUGGAUCGAUAACAAAGAAGAGUAUGACGAGAUGGAGCGGAAGGAGGAGGAAGAACAAAAAAAACUGCGGGCGGAGCAGGCACGGGCCGCUGAAGAAGCAGGUCUCGGUGACGGCUCGGUCCCUGGAGUGGCGCUACAGUUUACCAGUGGCUCGGGGAUCCGUGUGACGCUUAGCCUAGUGGCCGCUUUUACCAAGUGUAAGUUUUAGAGUUCAGUCGUGUGUUUACCUUGUAGGCUGCGCUCGACAGAGCCUGACCCGCAAUCACCAAAUAACGCAUUCACCUGACUGCGAAUGCCCUUCAAGAUGGUUUGGGGCCUGAGUUCUCCAAUGGUGGGCUGGUUGUAAAGUAGCAGAUCGGGUACAGGGCCCUUUUGUCCAGGAGGAAUGUCUGCGUAGACAAUGUUGACCAACAGAUAGCGAUCUUUAAGGCGGACCAUGGUUGUAGGAGUUUUCCCGAAGACGUCGUUUCAAACGGAGAAGAAAAAAAAACUAAAACGGUUUGCUGAGAACGCCCGUACAGAUAGAAUUAACAGAACUUGAUCCGGUGC